CUGAUCAGCAAUUUCUCUUUGCUUAUACUGGCGUUGUUGAUGAGUACCUCGUCAUCGACGCCAAGUCCGGCGAGUGGUGCAUCACAGAUCACAGGAAAUCUGAUCUCGCCGCAAGAGGAACGAGUACGCUGGAAGGUCAAGCCUGUCAAGGACGACAGCGGGGCGUACUAUAUCUAUAGUGUCGCCUAUCCCGAGAAUGUAGUUGAUGUGCGAGCUGGAGGGACUGAUGAUGGGACCGCAAUAAUAACUUUUCCAAAACGACCCCCGGGCCAGAACCAGCAGUUCCUCUUGAGGAAAGCCACGGAGCAACCAUGAAGCACAAUUAUUGUCUGCAAGUCUGCUCAUCUAGCAAGUUGACCAAGUCUUUAUAUCUAUGUUUGGAACACAAGAUUUUCAUUGAAAUGAA